GGACCCUAGGAGGGACCCGGUUCCUGCCGGGGCUCCUCCCUCCUCCGGCUCCCAGCCUGCCCCCAGCCCCGACCCGGCCCUGCCGGGCCCCAGGUUGCUUUCUUUAAGACACGAAAGCCUGGCUCCCCGCCCUGCUCUGAGACGGCUGGGCGGGACCACGGGCAAAACUCUCUCGUUGCCCUGACUGGCUGCAGAUCGCAGGGCACCCCGUCUACUGCCUACCCAGCAGGGGGGCUCCAGGAAGCCCAGGGCAAGCCCUGACCGGUCGUUGGAGGGGUGGAGAGGUUAAUCAGUGACAAAGGAAAGAGCUCAAGCUCUGGGCUGGGGUGGCCUGAACCCUUCCUCCAAACGGCUCCUGGAUGGGCAGCGCUUAGGAGAUUUGGGACCAUGAAAUCUGCUGUGAAGUUGCUGGUCCUGCUGUCCUGCCUGGGAGUAUCUGCCCAGCUCUGUGAAAUCCCCCCUGCAGACAGCCUCCUGGUAGGGAGGGUCACCCGGCAGCUCCUGGCAUGGAUGGCCCGGCGCUCCCCUGAGGAGCUGAACCCCAGCAUCUACGUGGGGCUCCGUCUCUCCAACCAGCCAAGCCAGCACCAAGACGAUCUCUAUCUGAACAGCCUCAUGAUUCAUUACCAGCAGAGCUUCACCAGCCUUGCCCUGGACCACCCACCCAAGCCCUCCAUGGGCCAGCUGGCCCUCUACCUGCUGGCCGUGAGAGGUGGCUGUAAGGACAUUGACACCAGGAAAGGAAACGUGCUGGUCACCCAACUCAAGCAUUACCUGGAGGAAGAGAAGCAUCGGAUAGGGCAUGAGCACAUGGGCCGACCUCUGACCAGCUAUUACCAGUACAGCCUGUCCAUCCUGGCACUGUGCAUCCACAACAAAAAGGUGCCCGGGCACGUGGUGGAGAAGCUGCUGUACGCCACCGAGAACGACCUCUUCCUCCAUGGGAACCAGUACUCUGUGGACACAGCAGCGAUGGCAAGUCUGGCCUUCUCCUGCCUGCAGGCCUCUGGCCUCAACCCAGGCCUGGCCUCUUGGAUCUCCAGGGCCUCAGAGCAUGUGAGGGACAAAAUUCUUGGAGAAGAAACCUCAGAAGGUUACUUUGGAAACAUAUACAGCAGCCCUCUGGCCCUACAGGCCCUAAUGGAAGCCCCUUCGCCAGUGUCUGAGGUAGCCUGCUUCCAGGCCGGGGCUGCUCUUCUGAAGGGUCUCCAGGAGGGGGCCUUCCAGAACCCCAUCCUCUUGUCCCAGCUGCUGCCCAUCCUGCACCAAAGGACCUACCUCAGCCUCAUGCAGCUGGACUGUAAUGACAAAAGAGGUCCCCUGGAAGCAGAUCUCAUCACGCAGAUCCCAUUGACUCAGGAGCCACGGAACAUCAGGGUCCAGCUGAAAGUCCGAGCAGAGCCCCAGCUCAUGUUCCUUCAUGAUGGGCAGUACUCUGUUCCCGAGGGGGCCACACUAGAGGAUGUCCUGAGCAAGGCCCAGGAGGAGAGCUGGUUUACGUACGAGACUCAGACCACCCUGUCCGGUCCCUUCCUAACCGCGGUGAUGGGCAUACGCCCCGGAGAACGGCAGUACUGGCAGCUCCUCCGUGCCCCAGACACACCCCUGAUGCAAGGUAUUGCCAACUAUAGGCCCCAGGACGGGGAGACCAUUCUUCUGAGCCUGGCCAACAGUUAGAGAGGGUUGCUCCGUCAUCCCCAGGCUCCAUCAUCCAGAGACCUAGCCACUCCCUUUGGCUUCUGCUACCUUCUGCUCAGGAGAGAGUAAGGAGGGAGGGACCUUUCUCAGGGCUCCCUACAGUCCUCCCCCAGCCAGCUAAGGGCGGGUGAUGUCAAAUCCUGACCUUGGACAGUGACCACAGAAGGCCCUCCCCUCUGCAAAGGAAGCAGGAAUCACCCCCCCCCAGGCCUUUUGCCUGGCUCUCCCUCUGUCCCUUCAACCCCUCCAGAACCAGAGCCACCUGGUACCUCCCAUCUGGAGGCCUCAGUGCGCCUGGGCCGCUGCCCUGCCAACUUCCCACAUUCUGUGGCACUGGGGGGUUCGUUCACCAGGUGGAGAAUCUGAUGAGAAUCACAUCCUCCAUGCUACUGCAGAGGAAACAGAGAGCAAACAAACAAGGAAGGGUCACCCAGAGUAGGCCAGGGAGAUGAUCAGGACCUGAACUCUGGUCUUUAGAUUCUCUGCUGACUGUUCUGGAAUGCACAUCUUAUAGCCCCUACUUCACAGAACAGGAAACUGAGGGCCCCAGAGAAGAACCAAUUUGCCCAGGGUUCCUGGGUGAUGUUUUCUGCCAAGGUUCCUGGGCAGAUUUCCCAGGGUUCCUUGGAAGCGUCUGAGUCAAGAUUCAAACCCAAGGCCCCUUCCCCAGUGUGGGCCUUUCAGCAGUCUGCAGAGCUGGUGGAACAGUGUGGUACAGUAAGAAAAAAGCACUGGCUUGGGAGUCAGAAGACCCGGGUUCAAAUUCUGACUCUGAUUACCCAGCGGCAAUCUUGGGCAAAUCACUUAAUCUUGCUGAGCCUUGGUUUUCUGUCCUGUAAAGUGGAGGCAUUAAACCUCCAAGAUCCCUUCUGUCUCUAAAUCUGUGAGCCAAUUGUGAUUUUUUUUUUUUUUAGUGAGGCAAUUGGGGUUAAGUGACUUGCCCAGGGUCACACAGCUAGUAAGUGUUAAGUGUCUGAGGCCGGAUUUGAAGUCAGGUACUCCUGAUUCCAGGGGCGGUGCUCUAUCUGCACCAUCUAGCUGCCCCAGCCAAUUGUGAUUUAAAGCCCUCUUGACCCUUCCUACGCCUUCUGGGAUCCCCAAGAACCUCUGGAUCUCAGAUUGGGGGGCCCACAUGGCCUGGCCUGUCUCCCCUCCCCACCCCCAUGUCCAUCCUCUUACUGGAUUCCACACUACGUCCCCUGCACUGAAUGAGGACUGCACCCACUCAGCUUUGGCCUCUCACUUGCUACCAAGCACCUGUCUCCCUUUGCAGUGGAUUUUGGUCUCUGGUUUUAUCAACAACGAUUAAAUCGAUGCUGUUUAA